UUUCAAGAAAGAAUAACAGUGAUUAUCGACAGUGGACUUCGUGAUUCGAUGCGCUUAGCGUUUGCCUCUUCCUGCUAUUGCCGCCCAGCGAAGAAUCUGCUCUUCACAGCUCGAGCUUUAUCAGGAACCACACAGAAUCCUAAUAGUCUCUUCUCUCUUCUACAUCAAUCCCCAAACGUUAACCAUCUCCGCCAUCUCCACGCUCAUCUUCUCCGCACCUCCAACUACUCCAACGUAGUCCUCAGCUCCAAGCUCGUCCUCGCUUACUCCAAGCUAAACCAUCUCUUCCCUACCUCGCUCGCUGUCUUCUGGCACAUGCCACAUCGCAACAUCUUCUCAUGGAAUAUAAUCAUCGGCGAGUUCUCCAGAUCAGGCUUUCCCUCGAAAUCAAUCGAUUUGUUUCUUCGUAUGUGGGGUGAGUCCAGCGUCAGACCCGAUGAUUUCACGCUUCCUCUCGUCCUCCGAGCUUGCUCUGCCUCUCGGGAAGCGAGGCUCGGGGGUUUGGUUCAUGUGCUGAGCUUGAAAUUAGGAUUGGGCGUGAGUUUGUUUGUUAGUUCGGCUUUAGUGAUAAUGUAUGUUGAUAUUGGUGAAAUUUUAUAUGCGCGUAAGUUGUUCGAUGAAAUGCUUGUGAGAGACUCUGUUCUUUACACGGCUAUGUUUGGCGGUUAUGUUCAGGAAGGAGAAGCUGUCCUGGGUUUGGCUCUGUUCAGAGAAAUGAUGUGUUAUGGGUUUUCGCUAGACUCGGUGGUAAUGGUGAGUUUAGUUACGGCUUGUGGACAGCUUGGGACGUUGAAACACGGGAAGAGCGUACAUGGGUGGUGUAUCAGGAGAUGCCCUUGCUUGGGUUUGAAUCUCGGCAAUGCUGUAGUCGAUAUGUAUGUGAAGUGCUCAAAGCUAGUUUAUGCGCAUAGAGUUUUCGUUGAGAUGCCGAGCCGAGACGUGAUCUCUUGGAGCUCUCUUGUUUUGGGUUAUGGGUUGGACGGGGACGUUGUCAUGUUGGUUAAACUGUUUGACGAGAUGCUCGAGGAAGGAAUCGAGCCCAAUGCUGUUACUUUUCUUGGUGUCUUAUCAGCAUGUGCUCACGGUGGUCUUGUGGACAAGUCUUGGCUGUAUUUCAGACAGAUGCAGGAGUAUAAGAUAGUUCCCGAGUUGAAACACUAUGCUAGUAUGGCGGAUUGUAUGGCUAGAGCAGGUCUUUUGGAGGAAGCAGAGAAGUUUGUGGAAGAAAUGCCCGUGGAAGCUGAUGAGGCUGUUAUGGGUGCGGUGUUGAGUGGGUGCAAGGUGUAUGGGAAUGUACAAGUAGGGGAAAGAGUGGCAAAGAAGCUGAUCCAACUUAAGCCAGGGAAAGCUGGGUACUAUGUGACGUUGGCUGGUCUAUAUACAGCUGCAGGUCGGUUUGACGAAGCUGAGAGCCUGAGGCAGUGGAUGAAGGAUAAGCAGAUUUCUAAGGUUCCCGGAUGUAGCUCAAUAUAAAGAUGGAUACAGAUUGGUAUGAUCCAACCGUCAAGUUGGUGAAACUAUAACUAGACUUUUGAUGAGGAGGAACUGAAAUCAAGGAGAAAAAUAUUGACAAGUUCAUUAAAAAAACUUCUCACAAAAAUAAAGCAAGGUGAACAGUGGCAGAGCUAGGAUAAUUUUUUA